AUGGCCGCUUCCCAGCUCUCCCUUGAGACGCUAUUCACUUGGGCCAUGUUCAACAACGUAGACCUCGUCGACGUCGAAGCGCGCGAGAUACCCAGCUGCGGCCUCGGAUUGAUAUCCAACAAGGAUCUCAGCCGCGAUGAGGAGACAUUGGAAACAUCUACUCUGCUGAGGAUCCCUCAUGAGUUAGUCUUGUCUGCCGAGGCCGUCGAGAACUACGCCAAGGUCGACAAGAACUUUCGCCAAUUGCUCGACGCCGCCGGGCACAAGUCGACCCGGCAUGACAUCUGCCUUUAUCUCCUCACGCAAAAGGUUCUUUCGGAGCGGCUAAAGACGUCUUUGCAGGGUGGCGUGUCGACGCCCUGGACCGAGUACGUCAAGUAUCUGCCUCCACGGGUGCCUGUCCCAACCCUUUGGACAGAGCAGGAACGCGACAUGUUGCAAGGCACAUCCCUCGAAUCGGCGACGGCCGCCAAGAUCGUUGCCUUGACUGACGAGUUCGACGAGCUCCGCGAGACAUCCUCCACGUUAACUUUCUGGAACGAACUGUUUUGGGAAAGCGAAAAGAUCUCUCUGAUUGACUGGGUUCGGGUCGACGCAUGGUUUCGCUCCCGAUGCCUGGAGCUUCCCAAGUCGGGCGAGGCCAUGGUCCCGGUACUGGACUUGGCAAACCACUCGUCCGAGGCCAAUGCGUACUACGAAGAAAACGGCAAGGACGAGGUGGUUCUGCUCUUGCGACCCGGAUGCAGGGUCUCGUCUGGGGAAGAGAUGACAAUCUCGUACGGUGAUGCAAAAUCCGGGGCAGAGAUGCUGUUCAGCUACGGGUUCAUAGACCCCGUGUCAGCCGCUGACCGCAUGACGCUGCCCUUAAUGCCUCUCGAAGAUGACCCCCUCGGCAAGGCGAAGCUGCACAUCUUCAAAGGGCCCCCAACUGUGGAGUUCGUCCGGACGAAUGGGUCCUUCAGCUGGGAGAGCCCUUUUGCCUAUAUCAUGUGUCUCAACGAAGAAGACGGCCUUUUGUUUCGCGUCCUGCAGGACACUGAUGGUUCACGUGAGCUAAGGCUAUUCUGGCAAGAGGAAGAUGUGACAGCGAUGACAACCUCCUUCGACCAACACAUCAACGGCCACCCGCUUGCUCAGAUUUUCCGUCUUCGAGUGGUUACCAUCUUGCAGGAUCUGGCAGUCGCUCAGCUGGAGCGAUUGAAUAUUGCCGCUCCCCUGGAACAUCUGGAUGAGUCUAGCAACGAAGGAGGUCUCGUUAACAAGGCGUGCAUCAGCGCAGCUAGUACGCUGAGGGGGCAAGAGACCGUCUUACUGGAAACCGCCGUGGAGGCUUUGGAAGAGCAGAAAAUACAACUUCUUGCAGAUGAAAACGUGGUGGCUUAUCUCGGAUCGAUGGAAGAUACCCAAAACGAUCUAGCCGAAGAAGCGUCGUCCAAUGAUGAGGAGGACUUCAGUUAA